AAUCGAAUUCGGGAUCUGGACCUUUGCCCUCGAUAGGAGGAGGAGAAGGUGACCUUGUGCUCGAUGGCGUCGCUGCUGGAGGAGGAGAUGGCCUCGGAAUCGGAUGCGGGGAGCUGGAACGUCGGUCUAGGUGCCAAGUUGGGGCAUGGUGGAGAGAUCUUGGUGCUGUUUGAGACGCCCUCUGGCUUUGCAAUUUUCGGUUAUGAUGGAGUCAAGCUCUUUCUACCAGGUGCCAUCCAGGAUAUCUGGGCAGACUUCAUCAAGGAUUAUAAGACAAAACAAGCUAUUUGGCUUAAAGAUUUUCAAACUUUUGAGGACAAGGCCAGCGCCAUUAAGCUUGAUACUGGUGUUGACAAAAAGCUUGCUUCGAUGAUCGAAAAGUGCAUAAAACCUGGACAGAAACUAGCUGUUGGAAAACGUGAAUAUCAAGAUAUCAUUGAAAAGAACUUGGGAAUAUCCUGCCUGUGUAAUGAAGCUGUGAUGGAGGUGAUGUGGGGCCUGAAGAAUCUUAUGUGGUAUUUAGUGCCUGAUGAAAAAUCAGAGCUGACUAAGGAGGAUUGCCUCCCGAUGAGUGAAGGAAUGAAAAUUGUCCUGAAUCGCCAUGGCUUUGAUGUCAAACCAGAGAUGGUUAAUAAAUGUAUUAUUGAGGCGACAGGCAUGGUGUACGAGUGUGAUUUUUGUGUGGACAAACAUGCCGAAUCGUUGCACGGUGCUGGUGAACACCUUAAGAAGAUAUCUGACAUUAAAUUUGAGGAUUGGGAUUUACUGAAACUUGCAACCGCUCUCAUGAUGGUAUGUUACCCACAUGGUGAAGUAAUUGUAGCUGGCAAUCCUCAAAAGCUGUUUGGAGAUGACUAUUCAAAGUUGGUGGAGGACGCACCUAAAUAUAACAAUAAAAUCCUUAAGGUGGCUUGCUUGAAAGUCUAUGAAGAAAUGUUUAGGGCCCGUAAAAUUAGGUCUAAGGCGCUACGACUGUUGGCCGCUUCGAUCAAGCGGGCCAAAAAUGCAUAUGAAGCUGAACAAGCGAUGAGAAGCCAGGAGUGAUCCGAGAGUUUACUAGGCUCUGAAGCUACCAGCCGGCCACCCAGGGCAUUGGAUGCAGAUGCUUGGAGGACAACUUUAAUGUUUGGUUAGUAUUUUUAUUAUGGUAACUCACUAGUGAUUCCAUCAGUGUACUCUUAUGUAGUCUUAAUGACCGCAUUGCUCUCUGUGUGUGGGUUACUAUGUCUGUCUUUGAAUUGGCGAGAGUUGUCAUUCUCCCUACUCUGUAGGGGAAUACUACUCUCCUGUCAUCCUUUCAGUAUCUACACACAUUUGGUAGUUCAAUGGUUCAGUCUGCCUAAAAAAUUCUUUAUUGGAGGUUUUCUUUCUUUUCUUUUUUUUUUGCUUUGCCACUACAACAUAUUCAGACAUUAGACUUCAUGUCAUUUAUCAGAUUUUCUUUUAGAGUUGGACCACCAAUGAGCCCAGCUUAA